CUCUCAUCUGAUCAUCACCACAAGUUCUCACGACCACAUGGAUUUGGAUUUAUCUUCAAACAAAAACAAUGCUUAGUUGGCUUGUGUCAUAGGAGAGCUAUUAUUUCGCUUUUGAGUUUAUCAAAGCGUAUUUUAGGACUCAGUUUACGUUCAACGAUGGCGAGAAGACCUGAACACUUAGCUCCCCCCGAAAUCUUCUAUGGAGUGGAUGAGUCUCGGAAGUACACUUCAAAUUCCAGAAUGAUUGAUAUUCAGCUGACCAUGUCUGAAAGGGCCGUGGAGCUGAUGGCCUUACCUGAAGACAGACAUUGCCUCCUUUUAGACUUGGGUUGUGGAUCUGGUUUGAGUGGAUCUGUCCUCGAAGAACACGGCCACACCUGGGUUGGAGUAGAUAUCUCCAAAGCUAUGCUCGAUGUUGCUAGAGAUAGAGAAGUAGAAGGUGACCUUCUCCUUGGUGACCUGGGCCAAGGACUGCCCUUCAGAGCUGGUGCUUUCGAUGGAGCCAUCAGCAUCAGUGCUCUGCAGUGGCUCUGCAAUGCUGAUAAAGCUGGACACAAACCUGCGAAAAGACUGCUUGCAUUUUUCUCCUCUUUAUAUGCUUCAUUGAGUCGAGGCUCAAGAGCAGUGUUGCAGUUCUACCCAGAGAAUAAUCAGCAAACAGAACUUGUGAUGGCUCAAGCCACGAGGGCUGGAUUUUUUGGUGGCUUGGUCAUCGACUUUCCUCACUCGACCAAAGCGAAAAAGGUCUUUUUGGUUUUAAUGACUGGCGGUGCCCAAGCUUUGCCGCAAGCUCUUGGAACAGGAGCAAGUGAACAAGAAGAAGACCAAGUCGGUUAUUCUAGUGAAAGAGUUCGUGGCAAACCGCAGAGGUUUCAACGAAAGGGGCUGAAAAACUCGAGAGACUGGGUUCAGGAGAAAAAGGAGCGCCGCAGGCGACAAGGAAAACAAACCGCAAACGACUCCAAAUAUUCAGCACGCAGGAGGUGUGGAAAGUUCUGAAUUCCUUAUCGAAGCUGCUGUGGAGGCGCUCCGAACAUGUUGCCGCUUAGCUUAGACGCGGUCCUUGAUGGGGCAAAGCCCAGCAACUUUUGGAUGUUCUGUAAAAAUAUUUGUUUAUAAUAACAAAAAUAAGAAAGUCCA